AUGUCAUCACAUCUACAUCCCAUUCCUCAUCUCGGAUCAUCUUAUACUCUGAUGGCUCAGCGCAUUCUAGGAGGAAUAUAUAUUCUGUCCAUCGAGCCUGUGAACGCAGGUACAGACUUUAAGACGGAAUAUGGCAUCACACACAUAAUUUCCGUUGUUCCUGGGCCUUUGCCUCUGUACUGCUCUUCGCAAUACAAGCAUCUUCAGAUUGAGGUAACAGACGAAGAAACAUCAAAUAUAAUAGAACAGUUUCCACGUGCCACGGAUUUCAUUGAGAGUGCACUUUUCCCACCUGGCACAGACCCCGCAGAUAAAAAGCAUCAUGGUUCGGUUUUGGUGCAUUGCGCACAAGGAAAGUCGAGGUCUGUGGCCAUCGUGAUUGCAUUUUUGAUGAAAAAGUACAAUCUCUCAUACGCCCAGGCGUUGCAUGCUGUGACAAGGAAAAUAGCCGACGCCCAACCGAACCCAGGCUUUACUAGCCAGCUUGAGCUAUACAAAAAGAUGGGAUGCACAGUAGACGAGUCUGCUCAUGAGUACCGUGAGUUUCUUGUCAGUAAUAGCUUGAAGUUGGACCCAUCAGGUCGUCAGUUGCAACAACUUGGACUUUUCAAGUCGAAGAAAACACAGGGGCCGGCGGAGUUUCGCCUUCGUUGUAAGAAAUGUCGGCAGACGCUUGCGACACUGACGGAAAUAGAAGAGCAUGACAUCCCAGAAGAGGACUCUCGCCAGGCGAAAUUCAUAAAGCGUGUCCCCAACUCCCGGCGGAUCGUGUCACUGGAGGACGCCGCUAAGAGUUGUUCGCAUUAUUUUGUGGGCGAACCAGUUGAGUGGAUGGCCGCCGAAUUGGGAAAGCAAGAGCUCGAAGGGAAGUUUGCUUGUCCUAAGUGCGAGGCGAAGGUAGGUGGGUACAGCUGGAAAGGUUCGCGUUGCUCGUGUGGAAAGUGGAUGAUCCCUGCUUUGCAUUUACAACUGGCGAAGGUAGAUGCUAUGAAGUGA